AUGGCCCCGUCGGCCACCGCCCCGACGGAUACUCGCUGGGAUCACGAGUACAACACCCUCCGCCGCGAGAAGCUGUUCCGCGACCCUCCCGCAGACCACACUGCCUACCCGGCCCUGCAAGAGGCCGUCAACCCUCACAUCGAGUCGUUCAACCGCAUAUUCAGCAGCGGUGACGAUGGCGGCUCUGGAAGCCACGGCGGCAGCCUGCUGGCUCACGCCCUGGCAGACAUUGGCACCAAGACCUUCCUCGACGGAGACGACUCCAUGGACACGGGGUCUCGUAAUGUCCUGACCAUCCGAUUCAAGGAUGUGGCACUCCAGAGGCCCCAGGUGCCGCCCUCAAACAAGCUCGCCAAGAACAGGGAGAUUCUCCCCGCAGAGUGCAGGGAGCGCCACGUCACCUACCGUGGUAGGCUGUCGGCCACGCUCGAGUACUCUAUCAAUGGGGGAGAUCCCGUCGAGUUUGUCCGUGAGCUGGGACAGGUGCCGAUCAUGCUCAAGUCCAACCGUUGCCACCUCGAAAGCAACUCCCCACAGCAGCUCGUCAACCGCAAGGAAGAGUCCGAGGAGCUGGGUGGCUACUUCAUCGUCAACGGAAUCGAAAAGAUCAUCCGCAUGCUCCAGCUCAACAAGCGCAACUUCCCCAUGGCUAUCAACCGCCCUAGCUUCCAGAACCGAGGACCGGGAUACUCGUCCUACGGCAUCAUCAUGAGGUCCGUCCGGCCCGACGAGACGUCGCAGACCAACGUGCUGCACUACCUCAACGACGGCAACAUGACAUUCCGCUUCUCGUGGCGCAAGAACGAGUACCUGGUGCCCGUCAUGAUGAUCCUCAAGGCGCUGGUGGACACCAACGACGGCGAGAUCUUCGAAACGCUCGUGGGCCCAGCGGGGACCAAGGCGUCGGAGAACGUCUUCCUGACGGACCGAGUCGAGCUGCUGCUGCGCACGUACAAGACGUACCAGCUGUACACCAAGUCGGAGACGCGCGCGUUCCUGGGCUCCAAGUUCCGCGUCGUCCUGGGCGUGCCCGAGACCAUGACCGACUACGAGGUCGGCACCGAGUUCCUGCGCCGCAUCGUCCUCGUCCACCUCGGCAACAUCGACGUCACGCCCGAGCAGGACGCCGACAAGUUCCGCAUGCUGCUGCUCAUGAUCCGCAAGCUGUACGCCCUCGUGGCCGGCGAGUGCGCCGUCGACAACCCCGACGCCCUGCAGCACCAGGAGAUCCUGCUCGGCGGCUUCCUCUACGGCCAGAUCCUCAAGGAGCGCCUCGACGAGUUCCUCAGCGUCAGCGUCCGCGCCUCCAUCCGUGACUACCUCCGCCGCCACGCCGCCGUGCGCUUCACCUCGGAGGACUGGCGCAGGGACUUCCCCAACACGAUCUUCCGCAAGGCCAACGAGAACCUGGGUACCCUGCUCGAGUACUUCUUGUCGACGGGUAACCUGCAGAGUCCCUCGGGCCUGGACCUGCAGCAGACGGCCGGCUUCACCGUCGUGGCCGAGAAGCUCAACUUCCUGCGCUUCAUCAGCCACUUUCGCAUGGUCCACCGCGGCGCCUUCUUCGCCCAGCUCAAGACGACGGCCGUGCGCAAGCUGCUGCCCGAGUCGUGGGGCUUCAUGUGCCCCGUCCACACGCCCGACGGCGCCCCCUGCGGCCUGCUGAACCACCUGGCCCACAAGUGCAGGAUCAUGACCGACUCGGCCGACGCGCGCCGCGUGCCCGCCCUGGUCGCCGAGCUGGGCGUCGUGGCUUCGUCGUCGGCCUCGACCGACGAGUUCGUCCCCGUCGUCCUCGACGGGAGGCUCCUGGGCUUCUGCACGCCCAAGGAGGCGGUCCGCAUCUCCGACUGCCUGCGCCACUGGAAGGUCGAGGGCACCCACGGCGUGCCGCUGCAUCUCGAGGUCGGCUACGUCCCGCCCUCGCACGGCGGUUCGUACCCCGGCAUCUUCAUGGCGUCGACCCCGGCACGCAUGGUGCGGCCGGUCAAGUACCUGCCCCUGCAGGAGGAGGACUUUGUCGGACCCUACGAGCAGCCGUACAUGACGAUUGCCGUGGUGCCGCACGAGAUCGAGUCGGGCCGGUCCACGCACGUCGAGUUCGACCCGACCAACAUGCUGUCGAUCCUGGCCAACAUGACGCCGUUCUCCGACUUCAACCAGUCGCCGCGCAACAUGUACCAGUGCCAGAUGGGUAAGCAGACGAUGGGCACGCCCGGCGCCGCCAUCCGGCACCGGACCGACAACAAGUCGUACCGUCUGCAGACGGGCCAGACGCCCAUCGUGCGCGCCCCGCUGCACAACACGUACGGCUUCGACAACUUCCCCAACGGCACCAACGCCGUGGUGGCCGUCAUCUCGUACACGGGAUACGACAUGGACGACGCCAUGAUCCUCAACAAGUCGGCGCACGAGCGCGGCUUCGGCCACGGCACAAUCUACAAGACCAAGAAGGUGUCGCUCAAGGACGACUCGCGCACCAAGGCCAGCAAGAGCGUGACCAAGGCCUUCGGGUUCGCGCCGCACAGCCACGUGCCGGCGUCGUACCAGGGCAUGCUGGACGACGACGGCCUCCCGCACAUCGGGCGGAUGGUGAGCGAGGGCGACGUCCUGUGCGCCUGGCACACGGUCACGCCCGACUACAACGGCAACCUCGUCAACCUGGACGGGCAGACGCACUACGAGAAGUACAAGGAGGCCGAGACGGCCUUUGUGGAGGAGGUGCGGCUGAUCGGGGCCGAGACGGGCAACGAGCCGCUGCAGACCAUCUCGCUCAAGCUGCGGGUGCCGCGCGCGCCCAUCAUCGGCGACAAGUUCUCGUCGCGCCACGGACAGAAGGGUGUGGCGUCCCAGAAGUGGCCGGCGGUGGACAUGCCGUUCUCGGAGUCGGGGAUACAGCCGGACAUCAUCAUCAACCCGCACGCGUUCCCGUCGCGCAUGACGAUCGGCAUGUUCGUCGAGUCGCUGGCCGGCAAGGCCGGCGCGCUGCACGGCCUGGCCCAGGACUCGACGCCCUUCCGCUUCAGCGAGGAGAACACGGCGGCCGAGUACUUUGGGCACCAGCUGGUCAAGGCCGGGUACAGCUACCACGGGAACGAGCCCAUGUACUCGGGCAUCACGGGCGAGGAGCUGGGCGCGGACAUCUACAUCGGCGUCGUGUACUACCAGCGUCUGCGCCACAUGGUCAACGACAAGUUCCAGGUGCGCACGACGGGACCGGUGGUGCCGACGACGGGCCAGCCCAUCAAGGGCCGCAAGCGCGGAGGAGGUAUCCGAGUCGGAGAGAUGGAGCGCGACGCCCUCCUGGCCCACGGCACGGCCUUCCUCCUCCAGGACCGCCUGCUCAACUGCUCCGACUACACGCGGUCGUGGAUCUGCCGCCGCUGCGGGUCCUUCCUGUCCGUCCAGCCCACCGUCUCCCAGUUCGGCGGCCCGUCGUCCUCGUCCUCGUCCAGGAAGCGCAGCGCCCCGCAGACCGUCCGCUGCCGCGGCUGCGCCGUCCGACUCGACGCCGGCGCCGGCAUCGACCUCACCGAGAUCCAGGGCGAGAUCUGGGAGGACGGUCAGGGUCACUCGUGGGUCGGCGGCGACGACACCACCCAGAUCGUCGUGCCCGGCGCCCUCAAAUAUCUCGACGUAGAGCUGGCCGCCAUGGGCGUCAAGCUCAAGUAUCGUAUCGACAAGGGUGAUGAGCCGAGAAAGGGACCGCUCAGGCCUGCUAAGCCGAUUUCGGUUUAA